AUGGAUCCAAACCAACUCAACUCUUUCUUCAAUUACUUACAAAACUUUCCUCAAAUUCCAAAUACCCAACAAUCUCAAACAUCAAACUCUCAAGUUCCAAAUCAAAACUUCAUACUACCAAAUACAUUUCAAAAUCCAAAUCCACAAAAUCUCUCUAAUUUCAAUUUUCAAACUCCUUAUAAUAAUCAAUUUUCUAUAUUCCAACCGCAAAAUCAAAAUUCACAAACACCCCAUUUUCCAUUUUCAUCCAUAUUUAACCCCUCUAUCGGAAAUGUUACUCCAACUUCUUUGCCGUUUCUAACUCAAUUCAAUGCAUCAAGACAUAACUCAUCUGGUGUUGGUGGCUCUUCUAACCCAUCCUCUCAGACUCCUAUACAAUCUAGUCCAAAUUCGCAAUAUUCAGAUUUUGCCAACCCUCGUGGAUUAGAUGCUAUCGACCUUAAUGAUGAUGAUAUUGAAGAUCGGAGGCAAGAUAGUAUUCAACACUGGCAUUGGAAAGAGGAUGAGAUGCUGAUCAGUGGAUGGUCAAAUAUUUCAACUGACCCUGUAGUUGGUACCGAUCAAAAGGGGGAAACAUUUUGGAGUCGAAUUCAUAGCUACUGUGUAGAAUUUUGCACCAACAUGACAAGGGGGUAG